GUUCCUUCUGUGGCUGUUGGCCUGGCUCACCGUUCCUACGCGAGGACUCUGGGGAAAUGUUAACGGACAGGGCACUGUGCAGGCACUGAGGAUGUCGGGCCUCUGGUGUGGAAUAUCAAACAGAUGAUUAAAUUAACACAAGAACAUAUAGAGGCGCUGCUAGACAAAUUUGGAGGAGAGCAUAACCCACCGUCAAUAUAUUUAGAGGCCUAUGAAGAGUACACCAGCAAACUAGAUGCUCUACAGCAGAGAGAACAGCAGUUACUGGAAUCCAUGGGAAAUGGCACGGAUUUCUCCGUUUCCAGUUCAGCUUCAACAGACACAGUUGCAUCAUCUUCCUCCUCUAGCCUCUCUGUAGCACCUUCAUCCCUUUCAGUUUAUCAAAACCCUGCUGAUAUGUCACGGAAUAACCCUAAGUCUCCACAGAAGCCUAUUGUUAGAGUCUUCCUGCCCAAUAAGCAAAGGACUGUGGUUCCAGCAAGAUGUGGAGUGACAGUCCGAGAUAGCCUAAAGAAAGCUCUGAUGAUGAGAGGUCUUAUUCCAGAAUGCUGUGCUGUUUACAGAAUACAAGAUGGAGAGAAGAAGCCAAUUGGCUGGGACACGGACAUUUCCUGGCUCACGGGAGAAGAGUUGCAUGUGGAAGUCUUGGAGAAUGUGCCACUCACGACACACAAUUUUGUACGAAAAACAUUCUUCACGUUAGCAUUCUGCGACUUUUGUCGAAAGCUGCUUUUCCAGGGAUUCCGGUGCCAGACAUGUGGCUACAAAUUUCACCAGCGCUGUAGUACAGAAGUGCCACUGAUGUGUGUUAAUUAUGACCAACUUGAUUUGCUGUUUGUCUCCAAGUUCUUUGAACAUCACCCCAUACCACAGGAGGAGGCCUCCUUAGGAGAGACCACCCCAGCAUCUGGAUCGUACCCCUCAGUGCCCCCCUCAGAUUCUGUUGGACCACCAAUUCUCCCUAGUCCUUCUCCUUCAAAAUCCAUUCCAAUCCCACAGCCCCUCCGACCAGCAGAUGAAGACCAUCGGAAUCAAUUUGGGCAACGCGACCGAUCCUCUUCAGCUCCCAAUGUUCACAUCAAUACAAUUGAGCCAGUCAAUAUUGAUGACUUGAUUAGAGACCAAGGUUUACGAGGAGAGGGAGCCCCUUUGAACCAGCUGAUGCGCUGUCUUCGGAAAUACCAAUCCCGGACUCCCAGUCCCCUCCUUCAUUCUGUCCCCAGUGAAAUAGUGUUUGAUUUUGAGCCUGGCCCAGUGUUCAGAGGUUCAACUGCAGGUUUGUCUGCAACACCUCCUGCCUCUUUGCCUGGGUCACUCACCAAUGUGAAAGCAUUACAGAAAUCACCAGGACCCCAACGGGAAAGGAAAUCAUCCUCAUCCUCAGAAGACAGAAGUAGAAUGAAAACCCUUGGUCGACGGGAUUCAAGUGAUGAUUGGGAGAUACCAGAUGGACAGAUCACAGUUGGACAGAGGAUAGGAUCUGGAUCAUUUGGAACAGUCUACAAAGGAAAGUGGCAUGGUGAUGUGGCAGUGAAAAUGUUGAAUGUUACGGCACCCACACCUCAACAGUUACAGGCUUUCAAAAAUGAAGUAGGAGUGCUCAGGAAAACACGACAUGUGAAUAUCCUGCUUUUCAUGGGUUAUUCAACAAAACCCCAGUUGGCAAUUGUUACACAAUGGUGUGAGGGGUCCAGUUUAUAUCACCAUCUACACAUCAUUGAGACCAAAUUUGAAAUGAUAAAACUAAUUGAUAUUGCACGACAGACUGCACAAGGCAUGGAUUAUUUGCAUGCCAAGUCAAUCAUCCACAGAGACCUCAAGAGUAAUAAUAUUUUUCUUCAUGAAGACCUCACAGUAAAAAUAGGUGAUUUUGGUCUAGCUACAGUGAAAUCACGAUGGAGCGGAUCCCAUCAGUUUGAACAGUUGUCUGGAUCUAUUCUAUGGAUGGCACCAGAAGUUAUUAGGAUGCAAGAUAAAAACCCAUAUAGCUUUCAGUCGGAUGUGUAUGCAUUUGGGAUUGUACUUUAUGAAUUGAUGACUGGACAGUUACCAUACUCAAACAUCAACAACAGGGACCAGAUAAUUUUUAUGGUGGGACGAGGAUACCUAUCACCAGACCUCAGCAAAGUACGGAGCAACUGCCCGAAAGCUAUGAAGAGACUAAUGGCAGAAUGUUUAAAAAAGAAAAGAGAUGAGAGACCCCUUUUUCCACAGAUUCUUGCCUCCAUUGAGCUUCUGGCCCGGUCAUUGCCAAAAAUUCACCGCAGUGCAUCUGAGCCCUCAUUAAACCGGGCUGGCUUCCAGACAGAGGAUUUUAGUCUAUAUGCUUGUGCUUCUCCGAAAACGCCCAUCCAAGCAGGGGGAUACGGAGAAUUUGCAGCGUUCAAGUAGCCACAGCGCCAUGGCAGCACCCACUCUGUUAUUUAAGUCUUGUGUUCCUACAGUUUCUUAACAUCAGAACUCUAUUCUGCUCCGCAAAACCUAAAGUAAUUUAGAAAAGAUAUCCAUAAGCUUAAAAGUGGAGCAGAAUGGAACUGCCAGUCCAACACAAUGGGAAAAAAUAUCUUUUUUGGGAACCAGAAUCCUCUGCUGCCAGUGUUUCUCCUUCAACACAAACCACCACGUGCAUUUGGAGACCCGCAGUGGCUGCCUGUGCCGUUGGCAUCAUUCCCCGGAGAGAGGAGAGUGCACUCGUGGUUUGACUGUGGUGCUCGGGCAUGAGGGGAUGGAACUGCUGCUGCAACUUAGGAGACUUGCUUUGGAUGGUCUGCCAGUCGGCUUUCUCCCUCUAACAACAUCCCAUCAGAGGCUGAAAAUCUGAUGAGUGCUAAUUUAAGAGAAUCAUCUUCUGUUCUGAUCUUUUUUCCCUGGUGUACUCACUGAUUUAUGGACAAUGCAGUAUCCCCUUUUCACUGUAUUACUAAUUCGAACACCUAAAUAUGUCUAUAUAAUUGGGGUUUAUUCCAGUAAAAUUGAAAGUGUGGGGUGAUGGGAGCUAUAGAAGAUGUUACUCUAAAGGCAAAGAGGUUAAUCUGAAGGAAAAGGGGAUGUUGCUGUACCUUUUUUCAGAUUUACAUUAUCACUUCUUCAAAAAACAAACAACCACCACCAACCUUAACCUUUUUCCUUUUCCAGUAUUUUCUUGGUGUGUGCAUAUACAACAUCUUUUAGAAGGAUUAGGUAGAUCCGUCUUUUGUUGGUCCAGCAACAAACUGAAGUUUAAAAAAAAAAAAAAUGUAGCGAGAUUGUCGAGAUUGUCCUCUCUCUUUUUUUUUUUUUUUUUUUGGUAUCAUAUGAUACAAUGUAUUUAUCAAAGAUGCUACCACAGCAUCUGAAGUCUGUAGAGUUCCUGAUACAGACUGUGAAUGGUGUAUGUACCUACUUUAAAAGUUUUAUUUUAAACGAGGGUGCAGGUUAAUGCCAGGUACCUUACCAAUAUGUAAUGUUUUCAUAAAUGAGGAAAAAAGUUCUCAGGUUGAAUUGAAUACAAAUACAAAACCCCCUAGAAUUAGACAUUCCGAAAAUUAUGUUUUGGUACUUUCAAGAGCUUUUUUUAAAGGAUUUUUAUCCUGUUAAACGUCCUCUGAUAAGUGUGUGUGUAAAUGUGGAGCAUCUUGUCCUAAUGGCAAGUUGUUAGAUCAAAACAAAGCGGUACUUGCUGGAUCCACACUGACUACUUCUCCUCUCAUUGCUUUCUUCCCUGUCAUCUCUUCCCUUCCGUUUCAUCUUUCCCUUUUGUACACUUUGCAAACUAGGAUGAAGGUGGCGGUAUCUCCAUUGGUGUCCUUUGUUUUCCUGUCCUCCAAUCCUGGUUUUCAAAUGGUUGGUAGCUUUUUGGCAAGUUACCCAGUCAGGGAAAAAACUCAUAAAGUUCUUCACAUCAUUUACCUCUAGUAAAAUAUCUUGUGAUGUGAUCUGUUUGCAAAGUUCUCUGGUAUGUGGUAUUACAUGUAAAUUAUUUGUACAGAGGCAAGUCAGACAACAUUAGAAAGAAAUUCAAGCUCAGACAAGUUUUCAGAAUUUGAUCCGUAUCUGCCCUGUACCACUCCAGGUGAGGCAGGAGAACCAACCUGCCUCUAGCAGGAAGGUUCUUGCUGGUGGGAGGAGGGGAGUGUUAAACAAAAUUGUGACAAAUAAAUGAAGGAGUUAAAUGCGUGUGAAUGUGGUGUCCAUGCUAAACAUUGGGGUGUAUCGGGUGAGGACACUGUCCUUCCCUCCCUAGUAGAGUUGGACUGUUUCUGUCUGCAGAAGGGUGCUCCCAGGCGAAGGGAGAAAUGCACAUCGGUAAUGGAACGUGCUCUUAAAACCCUGGAGUUCUGCGGUGUUGCUGGUAGUCUGUUAUGUUUGUCAGUAAAUAUUUACUGGGGUUAUAGGGACCAGACUAAUUUGAAGUGGGAAUUAUAAUUGAAAUACUGUGUAUUCAUAUUAAUUCCACAAACAUUAGCAAGACAGCAAUAGUGAAUGACUUAAUAGUCACUACAAGAAUGAAGUGAUUCAUGUUGGCACAUGAAUAAAAUUGAUUUUGUGUACAGGAUGCAUUUUUUUUUAAAAAAAAAAAAAAAAAGCACAAAUUUUUUCUUGUCUGCUGUGGGUCUUCAGAUGCUGUAAGGUUUUUUUCCUUAUUGAGAUUGGCAGGAAUUUAAAUAGUAGCAAUAGCCACUUUCCAGUGUGGAGAAGCUAAUGAGCAAGCGGUGGUGUGCAGAUAGAUGAAAUCAGAGUGCUUGUGCUCCCUGGUGAUCAUCUGAGGCCACUGGGGUCAGCAGGCAGGUGAGAACACCUACAGAUACAGACUCCCAGGGGGUGAAGUAGUCACUGCUCAUUCUCCUUCCACCCCAUAAAUUGCUUCAACCCCUCUAUGGGCUGUGGCCUAAUUUGUACAUGGCAGUCAUACUGGAAAUUAAUGUUCUCUCAAAAGAAACUGUUAUCGGAGCAAGUGUGUACAGGUGGUUCAACAGUCAUUUGUUUCACAGAGCUUGUUAAAAGCCCUAGUUUCCUUCCCCAAGGUCAUGCUGGCAGAAUACAUCUGCUAAAACAUAACUGUUGGGAAUUUCAUUCUACCUUUGCUUAAAAUGAACUUAUUUUCGUGAAGAUUGAUUACCCAUUAGUCUACAAUAUGCUUCUUGAGCCCGUAGGAAAAGCACAAGGAAAAUUGCCAUCCUUGUCCAUGCAAAGCACUUUAUAAGUAACACAUGAUCUCUGGGUUUUUUUUAUUGGGGUUGGUUUGUUUGUAGUUUUGUUUUUCUGGUUUGGGUUGUUUUGUUUUUUUUCCCUGAGGAAUGUGCAAGUUGUUUGGCUGCUGUUUAGAGAAGUCCUUUCAGGAUGCAUUUCUACUGGUUUUUACAUUUAUUUCACUCCAGAUAGAUGUAGUACUGUGUUUGUAAGAGGUCCCACGUAAUACUCAUGCAAAACUGUGGAAGAAAUUUGGUUUGUAAAUAGCUGAGAUUAUCAUCUUUUCUAUCUUUUUCUUCAGAGAUUUUUUUGGAUGUCUUUCAUGCCAUCAGAACCAGUCUUAAAGGUGCCCUGUAGAUGUUUAGUUAAUGAGGAGAACUGAAUGCCCUGUAUAGCAGCCGGAUGAAGGAAGUAAACUGAAAUGACCCACACAUUCAUGUCCCUUACACCAACUUUUCUGUAGUGUCCCAACCACAAACACAUGUCAUAGUAUGGAAACGCUAGUAUAUAUUUUGUGUACAUGUGUUGGGGCAAACAUCUAGACAGUCACACUGCUUUUAGCUCUACAGUAUCUAAUACCUAAAUUAUUUGCAAAACUACCAGUAUCCAAUCCCAGCUAUUUGUAUUUGUAUGCAUACACCUUACCCUCUGCCUUUCCUUUUCCAUACUGUUAGAAGAGGCCUUUUAUCUGUUGCAUCUUACUUGUCAGUACGUGAUUGUUUCCUGCAGCAUAUUUGCUGGAACUGGAACAUUGUAGUGGAGCUUAAACCAAAUGGUAUGGCUAGAGGCCUAGUUGUUUUGGAAGUAAUUUUUGAGUGAAUUGAGUCCUAUAUGGCCCCAGAUACAAUUAGUUCAGUCAUUUAUAAUUUUUUUUUGCUAAACUCAUGUAGGUCAUUAAAUGAAUCUACUUCUGGUUUUUAUGCUUACCUAAAUCAUCUUUACUUGCACUUGAAUGCUCUGGCAGCUGAUGAUGCAGCAGAAUGUUUGCGGCCAAAUACUGCCACCUUAUCAUGGCCUCUCAGCAUCAUUUGGAUUAGUAUGUGCUCAUCAGAGGCAGAAUUUGGCCUUCAUAUAAAAUGAGUGAAAUGCUGACUGUUGAUAAAUACCACAUCUUUCCACAAACACCCAAACUGGGGGGAAAAAUACACUGAAGAGCAACCAUAAAUAGGUUUGCUUCUGUGUUUGCCUGGUGAUGUAAAUGCAUCCAGCAUUUUACAGAACAUUUGGGGGAAGCCAGAUCCCCAGAAACCUCACAAACUAUUACAAGCUGAAGUUUUGAUAGCUGGAGGGGCUAAAUUUAGGGAAGAAGCAUGUAGACAUUUCACACUUUUGCAGCCUAUAGAUUUCAUUCCCUUCUUGACUGUGAGUGCAGCAUGUGUAGCACAAACUAUUCAUAGUACUGUAGACAACAUGUCUUCUGUCUGUUAAAAAAAGCAUCACCAGUAGCACAAUGCAACAGGCAAAGCUUCUAGGUACAGUCAAGUUCAGUAAAAGCAGUUGCAUGAGUGGACUGUUACAGCAUCACUUGAAGGUGUUCUGGUUUUCUGUUAUGGAUUUUAUGUAGAAGUUUAUGAAAUGAACUUUGUUUACUGCAGCCUUGUUAAUAUGCAUUUGCACUUCGUAUUUGUUUUGGCAUGCAUUUUAAAUAUUUCUUCAUUGCUUCGUAACUUCUUACCUAGUAAAUAAAAUUAUCAGAAGAGCGGAGCAGAACCAAAUUUUUAAAACUUUAUCUUUGUAUUUAAGUUUCCAGGAUGCUAACACAGAAACUACUAAAUCAGCACCAUGACAGCAGUAAAUAACUACGAAACUGUGGAAGGAGGAAACUUUAAAAACAGCAGAACAUAGAGUACACCAAGAGUGAAUUCAGAUGAAAAUUAGCACAUCUCUUUAGAAAAGACAGCUACCACGACCCUCUGUUAAAUGGCUUACAUAGAGAUCCCCCAUACAGUCUUUGCAGUUUGCCAAAUGAUCAUGUGCCUUUGCAACCUUAAAAAGUACAACAGAAUGUAAACCAGGUGCUUUGUAACUAGAGCAGUGGCUUUGGUUUACUUCUAAUGCAGUAGUUUUGUAUAUAGCUAUUACUAUAGAUAGGUAGUUUGGAGUUGGUAAACUUCUGUAGAGGAGCAAGGAGGGCAGAGCGCAUUCCCCAGAAUACUCAUUUCAGAGCUAGGAAUUGAAGGAUACCUAAUUCAGUUACAGUAAAACUGCUGCUUGAAAUUUGCUCUAUUGAAAGUUAAAUGAGGUUCAUUUAAUUUAAAGAUAAAUAAGCCCUCCUCCACCUCCAAAGACACAAAGAUCUCAUUAAAGAAAGGUAAUAGAAAGAGGCCAAAAGUUACACUAUCAUAGCAUCUUGGAAUGAGAUGGUAGAUGCAGAAUGAGCACUAGAUAAGGAGAAAUUGAUGGCUAGACUCAUGUAAUCAAAGUCCACAUGUAUCAAACCAUACAAUUAAUUCCUUGGUCCAGAAAGUGCAAUUAAUUUUGUUUUCUGGAAUAUCAGCAGGUUUCCUUGGUUCAUCCUCAAGCCUCUUGCAGUUACUCUUCAGUGAUCACAUAUUGUUAUUGCACGUUAACAGUGGGAGAUGGUAGGUGUCUUGUCAGCUGAGGACAACCAGUAUGUUUGAAUUUGAUUUGUUCAGAUUUCAAACUGGUUACGUAGACUUCUGGCAGUACCUACAUACCAGUGUCAUAUUUCACCUACUUGUCCAUAAAGGACAAAAUAAUAGGUUUUGGUAUUAGUGCUUUUUCAGAUCUUUUCUUUUUUGGGGCAAGACUUUGGGCAUAAUUGUAAAUUAUAAAGUUAUGUUUAAAUGGACAGUUCAUAUGAAAUAUGAGACCAAUUUUAAUUUGGUUUUGUUCCUUCUAGAAAGCAAAGUGUAAAACCAUUUUAUUAAUGUUCCAGGAAGUAUCUGGAAUCCUUCUACCUACCCCAAAUUCUACACUAAAAGUACAUGUGAGAAGAUGGUAUUUUUGUCCUUUUUUCUUUUUUUUUCUAACAAAAUCACAAAUAAACUGUUUCCCUAAGAGAAGGGAGCUGAUGGGUGUAGAAACUUCUAAACUACCUAGGCACUUGCUUUAUAACAUCACAGCAGCAUGUUCAGCUCAUCCAGCCUCCUUAAGAGCCAACAGUGGCCUGUCUGGUCAUUUUGUCUAGUUUGUCACGUUUGCAGCAGCUGUACUUUAGAAUAAGCCUUGUGUGGCAUUGCUUUUGAGCAAGUAAACCAUGAAAAAUAACUUUGUUUUCUUUUUUUGUUUGGGUUUGGAAAAUGGUUGGGUUUUGUUUUGAUAAAUGUCAUUGUGUUGCAUUUGUGUAUUCACCCUAGUUGAAAUCUGUCUGUGUGUUUGGGAGUUCAGUGGAACGUUAGGACAAGAAAUGAAGCCUGCCAUCUGGGCAUGGAUGGUGGAUCUAGGGGGCAAAACGGACCAAACUUGGGUGUUGGGUUAUUUUGGGAUGGUGGGGGUUUCUGAGGGCAUGAUUUAAAUUAACUCUGUCUAAAAUAAAAUGUAAGUGCAAUAAAUGUGCUUUUUUUAUUCAAAGCUGUGAACCUUUAGGAAAAAAAAA